GGAUGGUCAUAUAAAGCUGGCAGAUUUUGGUUUAUCAAAAAGGGACCCAGAGUGGUUGGAAACUCUUUGCCGCUCAAAUCUUGAUGAAAUAUUUGAUGAUGGCGCAGAUACACAAUCUCGCUUUAAGGAUCGAAAGGAAAGGAGGGCCAUAUUCUUUUCUACAGUUGGUUCACCCGCGUAUAUUGCUCCUGAAGUUUUACUUGGGCGUGGGUAUACCUAUUCUUGUGAUUGGUGGAGUGUUGGAAUUAUUCUGUAUGAAAUGCUGUGUGGUUAUCCACCAUUUUUUAGUGACAGUAAAAAUGUGACAGCCAAAAAAAUAGUUUGUUUCAAAGAGUACUUGGGCUUUCCUCAGGAGCCCGAUGCACUAUCAUCAGAAGCUGUUGAUUUAAUUUCUCAUUUAAUUGCUGAUCCAGAAGAACGCUAUGGAUUUGAAGAAAUUUUGCGGCAUCCGUUUUUUAAUGGGGUUACUGUCACGGACAGUAUUCGCCACGAGACGGCGCCUUUUUAUGUGGAGCUAUCCCAUGCAAAGGACCGGCAGUAUUUUGAACCAGCUCCUGAUAAUGCUGCUAUCCAACAACAACCUCUUGUUACUGUGUCUAGAGAGGAUCAAGCUGUAUUUGUGGGUUUUACAUCUAAGUUAACUGACAGAGGUCAGUCAACGACGCUUUCAGGAGCUCUUGGCAGAUUUCAUGAAUUGCAAGACUUUUCAGAUGAAGAUUGA